AUGGAUACUACUAAUUUAAACAAAGAUCGAAGCAAUAACGCGGAACAGGCGGGCAUUGCAGAGCCCCCUUCGGGGAAUCUCAAUGCUGGCGCGGGGACUACGCUUGGGGCGGGGGUUGGGACCACAGGGGACCAAACCUCGCAACAAGUAGAUAGGGUUCAGCAACACUUGGGUAACCUUGCCCUUGAUGGCAAGGGACUAAGUGGGGCUGCAGUAAGGAGGAGAAGGCGGGAGCGAGCUCGGGACUCUCUGAGAACCGAAUCGCAUACUGCUGGCUCUUCUCAGAACACUUCUGGAGUGGGGGGGAGGGCGUCGGGGUCCGGGUCGAGGAAAAGACGGCAGGACUCAGAGGAGGCUUCCCCUAGCAAUAGAAUGCCGCCAAAGAAGAUAAGGGGCCCACAAGGGGGAACCUUAUCGUUUGCGGAGAUCACUAGAUCGUCAUUAGCCGGGGCGAUCGUCGCGGAAGGCUAUCCUAGGGUCCAGAUGACGUUGGCUAAUCUAGACCAAUUAAGGGUAGCAAUUCAUGAGGAGAUUGGGGGGGACGAAGUCGGACCCUAUCCUCAUUUUGGAGAGGUUCACCUCACUAGGGGAGCGAUCCUAGUAGAGUGCCUGGACUCAGAAUCUAGGGAAUGGCUAAAUAGCCGUAUACCUAGGUUCAGUCAGGCGUUAGAGGGUCUUGCCAUCAAAGUGGUGGAUCCGGCUGAGCUAAUCAAGCUGGUAAGGGUUGUGGCGUGGGUACCCGGUCCUAGGGUGAACCAGGCUUCAAUCCUUAAAAACCUCGGUAGACAAAAUACCGGGGUGGAUACAUCCGCGUGGAGGGUGUAUUCGGGAGGCGAGGGGAGAGCAGACCAAGCUUCGGCUGUGGGCUGGACUCUCGCGUUAGGAGUACCAAAGAGCGACAUUGAAGCUCUCCAAGCCCGGCAGUUGAAACUGUGUUUUGGGCUAGGUCAAAUCACUCUAAGAGUGGCGAGGCAAGGUACUGACACAGCUGCUGGGCAGGGUACUCAGUGA